GUCCCCCUCUUUCUCCAUCACAAGGAUUUCUCCUCGCCACUCACAAAUUUUAUCGCAUUAUUACACUCCGUGAAAGAACGUAUUGUGUUUGUGGAUAUAUGUAAUUUUACUUAUCAAUAAAUAAAUUACAAAGGUCCACUCGCGUAUCAGUCACUUCUAAGUCAGUGAUCGAAGCCGACGGCGAUGCGCGUCGUACACGCGGAUGGAGUCAUCACUUUUGGCGCGCAAACGGACGAAGAGAAAAUAAUUAAUAUAUUUUACUGAACACUGUUACCAUGUUAUCUGCGGCUCACUAUAUAGUACGAUUACGAAGCUGCAAAUUGUUAUUUGUCGCGUGUUUUCGGCCAGUUUAACGAAAUGCUAUCGAACCAUCGCAUUUAUUCUGAUUUCGUGGUUACAAUGAACAGCAAAGGCUAAUCUUAUGCUGAUAUAUGUAUUGCAAUUAAUGGAAUUAUCAAUUAUUGGCAAGAAUUUCUAAGUGUUUGAUAGGAUGCCUAUUAUCUGGUUCUUUACUUGUCUUUUAUUGCAAAAUAGUUAGUUAAAAAUUUACUGUCAUACAGUGAAAUAACGAAUAGUUCAGAUGUCUCUCAAUGAUGACUUUGAAAGACCAUUUGAAGAUUGUUUGCCCCUGCAAUGGGGAGCAUUACAAGAAUUAUGCCAAGCAAAUGUGGAACAUUUUAUGUCGCAUCAAGAUGAAAAUGCUGUUAGAAUCAGGGCAGCGCAAUUGGCAAUGUUGGAUCACUUAGAACAAUUACAACCAUUAUAUAAAGAAAUUAAUAGAGUUGCUCCGAUGUUUGAUUUCGAUGUAGAAAUACCUGGGAACGGGUAUAGAAGUUUUCUAGGCUUAAUAGAUAAAUGUAUUAUACAUUCACGUGCAAUCUGUCACCAAAUCUAUUGUCAGAAAGAUUCUAUAUUUUUUCGUAAAAGUUAUCACAUGAGAGAAAUAGAAGCUUGUUCGCAGUUAUUAGCAUCUUUAUGCACUUGUUUAGAGCAUUUACAAACUCUGUAUUCAUGGAGUGAUAAAUUGAACGAUGAAAAACCAUCUCUUUUUAUUGCCAGUGAUCAUAAUCCUUAUGAUAUUUUGAAUAAAAUUGAUAGUAUUAAUCAGUAUUGUUUUUAUGGCAGAUGUUUAGGGUUUCAGUUUAAUGAUACAAUGAAGCCUAUAUUAAAAACUAUAUUGGUUUGUAUGGCAACAUUUAGUGAAGCAUUUUAUUCUAAUGGAACAGUAUUAGCACGAUGUGCUAAUUCUGUUAAAUAUAUGUUAGACCCUGAGGCAAGGGCACGUCGUAUUGUAGAUCUUUUCCAACGUGCUGAUGUUUCAUUUUGUCAAGCUUUUUGGUUCCUUAAUGAGAAUGAGAUAGCACGUAGACUGCCAACUAUAGCAUCUCCAUCCUUGGCAAUAAAUCAGAUAAUUUCCAUUCCACCUGAAGAAUUGACACUCUCUGCAUUGGAUGGGACAAUAGUGUCAAUUCCAAUACCAAAUAGUCAUAUUGGAAAGAAGCCAAUUCAUGUUAGAUUAUUGAGUUCUAAACGUCGUGUGGGAAUGAUUGGUUCAGGUGGAGUAGGAGGAGAACUGCUUGAAUCUUCAAAAGAACUGAUAAUUCAUUGCCAUGGUGGAGGUUUUGUCGCACAGACUUCUUCAUCACAUGAAAUAUACUUACGAUCCUGGGCUGUAAACCUUGAUAUACCCAUUUUAAGCAUAGAUUACAGUUUAGCACCCGAAGCUCCAUUUCCUAGAGCAUUUGAAGAAGUUUUAUAUGCAUAUGCAUGGGCUUUAAAUCAUGCAAGUACUUUGCUUGGAAGUACAGCGCAAAAAGUACUUCUCGUUGGUGAUUCUGCAGGGGCCAACUUAAACUUGGGUGUUACAUUAAAAUGCAUACAAUUAAAUAUAAAGAAACCAAAUGGGUUAUUUAUGGCAUAUACUCCAGUUUUUGUGGAUUUUGUGCUAUCGCCUUCACGUCUUCUUUCUCUGACAGAUCCGUUAUUACCUAUGGGAUUUCUUGUGCGUUGUUUAAAAGCAUAUGCAGCUAUAGAUAACAAAAAACUAGCAAAAGAAAAAGAAAAUGAUGGUGCGGAAUGUACGAAGUCCGACACAGAGUCUUUUGCAGAAGUCAGUGAAAGUGAUUUAAUAGCGUUAGCUCUAAGCCCUAAUGGGGAUGAAACAAAUGACGCCCACAAGUUAGCGUCUUUACCCUCUGAUACCACUUUGAAUUCCGUUAGUUUAACGGAUGCUGAUGUAGGAACAGAGAAUAUAACAGAAGGAGUAAAAUCUCAAGAAUAUAUUAAAAGAUUUUUGGAGUUAUAUCGAAAUUCUGGUAUAAAUGCUGCAGCAUAUAUUGGAAAUAGUACUGUUAGCACGAACAAUGAUGUAUCGAAAAAUGGCAGAUCAUGGUCACUUUUUGGAUGGUCGUUUAGAGGAAAGCAUAGAGAAUCUCGAGAAUUGGAUAUAGAAACUGUAAAGUGUCCUGUGGAAGAAUUUAUAUUCACCGUACCCAGGGACCCAUUUUUAAGUCCUUAUCUUGCACCAGAUAAUCUUUUAGCACAAUUACCGCCAAUCGCAAUGCUGACAUUACAUCUCGAUCCGUGUCUCGAUGAUUCCGUCAUGUUUGCAAGAAAACUACGAUUGCUUGGUGUAUUAGUCACGCUUGACAUAUUACCCGGUUUACCGCAUGGAUUUCUUAAUUUAAUACUGGUUUCAAAAGAAGCUAACGAAGGAUCUGAGUUAUGUGUCAGAAGAAUACAAGAACUACUGGCAUUAUAGUUACAUGCAUGCGGCCGUAUUCAUUAAAGCGUAAAUGUUGAUAUAUGGGAACAAGUUUCUUUACUGCUGUUUUCUAAAUGUUAUUUAUAAUGAUUUUUUAUACAAGUGUCUAGAAUAAUUUGCAAUACAUAUUUUCUUUUAUUCGCAGUGAGCCAUACAAGUAUUUAUACCCAUAAGGUCAGUGAUUUCAAAUGAUCGAUAUUUUAACAGAACUUGUAUGAGAUUAAUAUUAAUAUAAUCAAAUUAACUGUUAAAAAUUUUACAUGUUUUAAUAUUUUUUUUUGUUGAAGUUU